AUGUUUUGUUACAUAUUAAGAAGCGAAUGUUCGUUUCGCGAUAAAUUGGUUAAAAGUUUGAAAAAAACGAAAUCACAAUCCCAGGAUGAUGAUUUCAGUUCGGAAUCCAUAAUCAGUCCUUUGAGAUUUUUCACAAAACACGGAGAAGAAACGGAAAGCGAAGGAGCUCCUCCGUUCGUUAAAAAUUUUCAAGGAAGGGGUUGCGAACUCGUUGGAAAACCUCAACCCCCAUCAUUAAAUCGUAUACAACAAUUUAGUUUUAAAGAGGGAAGAAUUAAAUUAUCAGAAGAGGGAGGUACGAGCACACUGGAAACAUUCAUCAGCAGUGCCGACGGAUCGAUAGACGACAGGAUGCAAGAAACUCUCAUGACAAACGGUCAUCUGACGAUACGCGAACCCCCGCUGUCUUCAUUCAAUUCUCAAAAUCGAAUCGAUGAAAAACUCAUAGAACAAGAUGAAUCUUUGCUCGAAGACGAACCCUGGGGGUAUCCCAAAUCGAACGGUACCAUUCCCAAACCGGAUGUCGCGCAAUGUUACAUAAGGGAAACUCCGGUGACUUCGCAAGAAAUCAUAACGACAAGAGUUUGCGUCGAGUUGGGAGUUAUAACGACUCAUCAAAAAAACGAAACGACCGGUCAAGAUGUCGCCACACCAGCCAUCGUUUUAUGCAGCGUCGACGUCGAACCCUGUCAAAGUCGAGUUUUGGAAAUGCCGGAAGUUGUCAACGAUUCUUUAUGCUGCACUGGAAGUACCGGAAGUUUUGUUUUGGGUGUGACGGGUCAAGACGUUGAAAAUUCAGUUUGCAGCACUGCUCAAUCCAAACAAAUAAGUCCAGAAGAAAGCAAAACGGAAGACUGCAGCAACAGCGAAAGAACGGAUAGUUCAUCAUUACCCGAACUCGAAAACGAAAGAAAACAACCGGACGGAAUCGAACAACGAAAAGUCAAAAAACACGACGACGACGACGAUGAUGAUGAUAACAUGGAAGGAAUGUUGGACAGAAUAUCGCACGAUCUCGAUUACUUGCUCAAUAGAAAACCAAAUUCGGGUCCGAGAAAAGCGAGCAAACCACCCAGCGACAGCGUUGACAAAAGAAUCCUGGAAGAAGAUGAAAAAGAAUUACAAACAACAGGAUUACUGGAAUAUUAA